UUGGUUCCGCCCUUGUGUCAGAGCUUGAGCUAACCAGCACCAUGUACCGCACCGCGCUUAGAAACCUGCAGCGAUUUAACAGCCACGCUUCGGCUCUUCCGCGCUGCGCUGCCACUAAAACCACCAGCCGGGCACCAGGAUUAUCACACAGCUGCCUCAGGAUGACAAGUUCAGAGUCUUACAGAAUAGAAAAGGACACUUUCGGGGAGCUGAAAGUCCCCAGUGAUAAAUACUAUGGAGCUCAAACUGUGAGGUCCACCAUGAACUUCAAAAUCGGUGGUGUGACCGAGAGGAUGCCGAUCCAGGUAAUUAAAGCGUUCGGCAUUCUGAAGAGAGCAGCAGCUGAGGUGAAUAAGGACUACGGCUUGGACACCAAGAUUGCUGACGCUAUUGUACAGGCUGCAGAUGAGGUGUCUGCUGGGAAACUGGACGAACAUUUCCCCUUGGUGGUGUGGCAGACGGGCUCAGGAACGCAAACCAACAUGAACGUCAACGAGGUGAUCAGCAACCGGGCCAUCGAGAUCCUCGGGGGCAAACUGGGCAGUAAAGACCCCGUUCAUCCCAACGACCACGUCAACAAGAGUCAGAGCUCCAACGACACCUUCCCCACCGCCAUGCACAUUGCUGCAGCUAAAGAAGUGCAUGAGGUGCUGCUGCCUGGCCUGCAGGCGCUCCACGAUGCUCUCGCCUCCAAAGCCGAGGAGUUUAAGGACAUCAUCAAAAUCGGUCGCACACACACACAGGAUGCUGUGCCUCUGUCACUCGGACAGGAGUUUGGAGGCUAUGUGCAGCAGGUGAAAUACAGUAUUGAACGUAUGAAGGCGGCGAUGCCCAGAGUGUAUGAGUUGGCAGCAGGCGGCACCGCAGUAGGCACGGGACUAAACACUCGCAUCGGGUUUGCAGAGAAAGUGGCUGAACGAGUCUCAGCACUCACAGGUCUACCAUUUGUGACCGCACCAAAUAAGUUCGAGGCUCUGGCGGCCCACGAUGCCCUGGUGGAGCUGAGCGGCGCUUUAAACACGGUGGCCGUCAGCAUGAUGAAGAUCGCCAACGACAUUCGCUUCCUGGGCUCAGGCCCUCGCUCAGGUCUCGGGGAGCUCAUCCUGCCAGAGAACGAGCCCGGCUCCAGCAUCAUGCCUGGUAAAGUGAAUCCCACACAGUGUGAGGCCAUGACCAUGGUGGCUGCUCAGGUGAUGGGGAACCACGUGGCCGUCACAGUCGGAGGCAGCAACGGACACUUCGAGCUCAACGUGUUCAAGCCGAUGAUCAUUAAGAAUGUUCUGAACUCCGCCCGGUUGCUAGGCGACGCCUCGGUUUCCUUUACUCAAAACUGCGUGGUUGGAAUUCAGGCGAACACGGAACGGAUCAACAAACUGAUGAACGAGUCUCUGAUGCUCGUCACCGCUCUCAACCCUCACAUAGGUUACGACAAAGCUGCUACCAUCGCUAAAACCGCCCACAAAGAGGGUUCGACAUUAAAAGCAGUUGCCAUCAAGCUGGGCUAUCUGACGGAGGAACAGUUUGAACAGUGGGUCCGUCCUCAGGACAUGCUUGGCCCCAAGUAAAUGAUUCCAAUUCCAAAGUGUGGAAAUGAUUCAGCGAGGCCUUGUACAAUAAAAUGUUUCUUUUUGGAAAGGGUUUUAUUUUUCUUUUAAUCCAUAAAUGUAUUUUAAGUUUUUCAGUAUUUCUUUUUUUUUUCCAAGUAUUUAAUUAUGCUUUCAGUCUCCCAUCGGUGAGCAUGUGGACAUGUACACAGGGCCUUGUGGAACGUUUCCUGGAGCAUCAUGACGAAUCACGGGGUGAAGAAAAACCUUUCAUACAAAGAUCUGUUAAAAAAAAAAGAAAAUUGUCUAAAAAUCAGCUACAAGUUGAAAUGGAUAAAAUACACUAUAGUUAUAGCAAUAUAAUAAAAUUAUUUGAUGUUCUUAUGAAUUGUAGUUUAACAAAGAAUGAUUUUCUAACAUCCUCUCUUCGUCUGCUUAAUCAGAAAUCACACGUUUAUUCAAUUGUGUCAUCUCGGACCUUUGGCCAAUAAUCACACUGACUUUGUAGUGAAGCACGUAUUUGUAGUAUUGUGGUAUGUUCAGGAUUGUUUAUUUCUGCGUUAUAACACUAUAAAAAUGGUAUUCUCUGGUUCUUACUGUAAAAACUGGAAUUAUGCUAUACAGUUUCUGGCUGUCGCACAAUUCUUGGUCUUAUAUUGAUAUCGGCAGUCUUUACAGUUCAAAAUGUGCUUAGUGUUGAUCAAUUCAUUACCGUUGUGAUUAGCCUUUGUUUCCCCCUCCCAUUAAAAUCUAAAGGUCUGAGUUGGUCAUCAAGCCACCAAUAGGAGGAUGGCAUCGAAUGAUGCAAAAAAAUAUACUUAUUACUUCAAGCUGAUUGUUGAUGUAAGCAGAAUAUAGUAUUUUUUCUUUUGGCUGGUUAAACUGACUUAAUGUGAGUUUAAACAAUAAAGAUCAUCUAACUAUAAAGCUUAUCAUACAGUCUUAAAGAACUGAGCCAGGAUUUUAUUAUGAAAUAAAAGAAAUAAUCUUAUACGACUUCUGUAAUCGCACAGUGUAAAAGACGAGGAUCUGCUCAGAUGAGGUAAAUAUGAUCAGCAACACGUCACACAUGCCGUUUGUCUCAAUGUUAUGAUGGAAAUUAAAUUAAGCUGUGUGUCUCUGA